CACUUUGCAACAGAGAGGAGUAGUUACACAUCUGCCACGUGAACUCAACGAUUCCAGGAAUGUACUGAUCACCUCCGCACAUGCGAUUGUCAGCUAUUUAGGUCUGUGUGGUGGAGAAGCUGCCUCCUUUCUGGGGAUACUCAACUCUGGGGACUGUGUGGCUAUCGAGAUUGCCAGCCAGCUGACUUUUAGCAACAAGACCAUGAUUCGGGCUUUUGUUGGCUAUUACAGAAAAUCUCUGGACAUUCUUGAAGGAAGCAAAGGACCCAUUGAUGGGAUGGAUAACUACUACAAGGAUAAGUUUUACCUCAAGAACCGCAGUUAUGGAACACUGGAGAUUAUAUUUGUACAGUUCCGCUUUGAUACCGUCCGAGCCGCUGAAGAAGCCAAGAAAAUAGUCUUGGACACGCCUGUCAUGUCUGCAUAUAUGAGGGAAGUUCACAGACUAAUCGGGAGCCCAAAAAACUUUGUGGUCAUCAGCUUGUCCACUGCAACGCAAGAGACGUAUGAGCUGAAACAGUUCAAGAGAGAUGAGUGGGAGAGGGGACUUCGAUAUGUGGAGAUUCUGGAGUUGACCAUCCAGAAGACAAGGCAUCAGAUUAAUACUAAUGUCAUUGUGCCACAUUUGCAGUACCAACUUCAUCCUUUUGUUGAUUCUGGAGAAUUCAGACUAACAAAACCAGUGCUCUGGGAGAAAACAUCCAUGCUUGAAGUCCAGCUUCGACAA